UGCGGUGGUCCAGCUUCGAGCUGCGUGGUGCGUCCGGUGUCAUUUCCGUUUUUCUCCCGCACUGAGCACUUGGUGAUCAUGGCCACCGCCGGGGAUACGAGGGGAGAGCUGCAGAAGGAACUGGUUUGUGCGAUUUGCCUGGAUUACUUCGACGAUCCCGUGAUUUUGAAAUGCGGUCACAAUUUUUGCCGUAUGUGCAUUUUAAUGCACUGGGAAGAAAACGGAGGCGACGACAUCGGUUACCAAUGUCCGGAGUGUCGGAUGGUGUUUGGCAAAAUGAGUUUCACGAAGAACUACUUGGUGAAGAAUUUGGUGGACAAACUGAGUGAGUUUGACUGUUUAAAGACGUGUAGGCCACAUGCGCCUGUGAAACCAGUUAAAAUGGAUGGGAAGUGUGAAAGACACCACGAGGAGUUGAAACUGUACUGCCAUACAGACAGAAAACCCAUCUGCGUUGUGUGCAGAGAAUCCAGAGCUCAUCGACACCAUGAUGUUGCACCAGUACCGGAGGUUGUUGAGGAUAUGAAGGGAGAGCUGAAGUUGAGGCUCAUCAAACUGAAUUGGCAAAAGUCCAUGUGUGCCAGAGUCAAAGCCAUAGAUGAGCAAGCCAAAUCUGACGUCAAACUGAAGAAGCAAGCUUUGAAAGAAAAGAUUGAAGAUGAUGUCGGCGCUUUGGUCCAGUUCUUGCUGGACGAGAAGGAUGGGCUCCUGGAGAGGCUGGAGGAGGAGGAGGUGGCAACGACCGCACUAAUAGACGAAAACCUCAAACUGGUGGAAAGUGAGGCAGCUAAAGUGGACAAGGCCAUCACUGACAUCCAGAACCAGCUCAGCGAGGGGGCUAAUUUUGAGAGUAUCAGUAAAGCAUACUCAAGCCCGAGUCACGUGAACCUCACUGUCCAGGCGGUGAACUGCCCUCCCGAUUUCACAGAGUUCACCGGCCCCUUUCAGCUCAUCCUGUGGAAAAAGAUGAUGCAUGUCUUGCAUACAAUGCCCCAGAACCUCACGCUGGACCUAGACACCGCGCACCCCUCGCUGGCCAUCAGUGACUUUGACACGAAGGUGGAGGAGGGUCGUGUACGCUCGCAGGAGCCCGACCUCCCGCAGCGCUUCACGCGCUUCUUCGGCGUGCUGGCCACGGCGCGCUACGCCAGUGGCCAGCACUACUGGGAGGUGGACGUGCGCGACAAGGGCGUGUGGUACCUGGGCGUCACCACCGAGUGCAGCAACCGCAAGGGCUUCGUCAACCUCUCGCCCUCCGCCGGCUACUGGAGCCUGUGUCUGCAGGACCGGCUGUAUGCCAACGAGGAGGACUCGCGCGUGCCCGUAGCCGACUACUGGAACUCGCCGCGCGUCGGCGUCUUCCUCGACUACGACCGCGGCCACGUCACGUUCUUCGACGCCGUCACCAUGAAGCGCAUCUACAACUUCAUCGCCUACUUUGACGAGCCCGUCUCACCCUUCUUCAGCCCGGGCAAGAACGACCCGGGCAGCAGGCUACAGAUCUGCCAUUUUUACUGAAGGGAGCAGGCAGGCUGAUGGGGAAAACAGAACAAAACCUUAGCAUUUCCGCGAUCACAAGUUUCCGUUCCUGGGCAUUGUGCUCCCGGGAGGCGGGAGCGCUGUCACAGGUGCCUCAGACUGUUGAGGUCCUUUUGAGUUGGGAUUGAAAUUUGGGAGCACGGUGCUCUGCUCCAGCCAUUCUGUAAGAACCGGUGUCGGUUAUCCUCAUUACUGAUGGAUUACGAUGUAGCCCUACUGAACUUCAGGUAGAGACGACUUGCAGGUUUUAAGCAAAUAUCAAGUCAUGCUGCUCAUUACGUCUCCUUUCACCUCAGUGUUGUCUUGUGUCUGUCAUGUUUCAGGUAAAAGUAACAAGACUUUUAAAGUCAUUUAAAAAAAAUCUGAUUCUGCUCAAUAGCAAUGGAAUUUAGGUCACUAUGUUUAGAAAACUAAUAAGGUUUUCAUUUUGUCAAAUAGUCCUAGAGGUGUUUUAACUUUUGAAACCUCUAAUUUAAAUGCUAUGUAUUCCAGCAUAUGGUAAGCUUUACAUCAACAUAUCCAAUGCAUUUUUUUUUCCCUUUGAUAAUGUUUUCACAUUUGGACUGUACUUUUUGCGUUGAAUAUAUUUGUACUUUAAUGUAACUGAGUAACUAGUAUAUAACACCUUAUACUUUAAAAAGCACACUUCAUAGUACUCACAAAUUCUGAAUUUUUGCACUGGCUGCAGACAGGCAGGCUGCUAUGCAACAGUAAAAUGUUUGCACAGUUUCAUCAUAGUGAUGUGUAAAGUAGGACACAUUAGGACUUUCUUGUUAUUACCUUUCUUGGAGCUCUGAGCAGGGCCUCGCUGAGCCGGUUCCCUGCCUGCCUAGGCCUAGCUCAGAGCUUCGUACGUGUGCACACUGCUGCACUGAGCUGGGGGCGGUCCUGCAGUGGCCCGCUCUGAAAACCGUUGUUAUGGCUACACCAGAAACUGGCCUGCCACAUACAGACAUUCACAACUUUUUUUUUUUUUUUUUUCUUUUCAUAUAAAUAACUUUGUUCCAAGCUAAAAGCCUCUAGUUUUGUGUUUUGUUUUUUAAUGAUUGUGUGCCAUCUCUUGGAAAAACCUCUUUUUUGUGCCUCAUGAAAGACCUUGUGUUGUCUUUGUAUUUUAAUAAUGAAAGCUUUUAUUUCAGGUAAUUUGGUAUUUGUUGUCUUUUUGACUGAGGCAAAGCAGUCUUAUAAACUGAAAGGUUGGAAUGAAGAAUGUUGACUUUAUUUAACGAGAGUAGGUUUUCUGUGUCUGCCUCACUGACUUUAACUCGAACCCUUUGGUUCACACCUAUUGACGCUAUUACGAUGAGCUGGAGAGUGGGUUUUGACUGGGGUUAAGAUCAGACUCAUUUACUGGCAAACUUUGUCCUCAUCAUUUGUUUUUUUUCCCCCUGCCCUUUGGCUUUGAGAUUGUGAACUGGUUAACAUGUGUGGUCUAUUUCUGUAAUAACUACUGCAGAAUGUCAAGAUUUUUAUUUUCUGCAGUAAUGCAUACAUUUGGAAAAUAAAGUUUGACUCAUGUUCUUUUCGUCUGGUACAGCUGGACUUCUAACGGUUUCCUUUUUACCGGGUUACUUUUAAAUGAUGCCAAAUGUCACUUUUUAAACAAAUUUGGGACACAUGGUUUCAAGAUUUUCAGAAUUCACAGCUUUUGGGAUAUUGGGUGAAAAACAUUUUAAAUCUAUUAAAUUAUAAACUUCAUAUUUUUAAACCACUUAUGGUUGAUAAGUAAAAUCAAUACACUAAUGAGGUCAUGCAUCUUCUUAGAGUUCCUCAUUGCCAAAUGAUUUUAAUUUCAGGCCAAGCGUCAAGUCCUCCGUUAUUCCAAGCACUAGUUCACACCCUGGUAAAAGUGUGACGCUAACCAUUGUGCAGGGCUGUGUGUAUGAACCAUCUAUGAGAGGAGUACUGACAAAGCAGUGUCAAAGUAGAAACAUUUUUUAUACAAUUGUUCCCAGUUCUAAGACCAUUUUUAAAAUAGUUUUCCUUAAACGUGAUCCGUCAGCUAAUUGGGAUGACCGUCCUAAUUCCCUUCGCAUCUUGAUGUGCUAGGUACCACAACUAGUCCAUAUGCAUCUGCAUAGCUAUGCUCUUUGUUUUGUUUCGGCUCCAUGGGUGACGUGGGUAACCAAAGAUGGCCUGGUUGUGUUUGGAAUUAGAAAAGCACAAGCCUGCAGACAGCAGGUAAACAUGUGCAGGAUAAACAGGAUCGUGAUGGGACUAGUAAUAAACACCCAUUUCCACUUACGAGGCUCCACCAAUCGGAGAGUUAGAAACGGCUUUAAUCACUGGCCGAAGAUGACAGCAUUACAAGUAUUUCAGUGCUGCAGGAAAUAUGCCAGGACUGCUGGUAAAUCCUCGUCAACAUGCAGAACUAUUCUCGGACGGAUGUGAUGUAUUCCCAAACUUUUCAGCUAUGACCCACCAUUCAUGAACCGCUUGCAGUGUAACAAAAUAGGUCAACAGGCAUCAGAUAUAAUGACGACUGUGCCACAAUGGGGCUUGCAAAAGGAAAUGGACAGUUCUCAAAAAUCAAAGUUGAAACUGGCCAGCGGGGAUCGCAGGGGGCACUUCAGUAAACAAAUCAGAGAAUAAAGACUGUACAAAACAUAAAUAAAUUAAAACGAGGAAUACUGCUAAAAAGCACCACCUCUGCCAUACUGAUGUCACAACAAUGCACUGGUAGUACAAAUGAAAAUGAUUAUAUACAGGAAAAGAUAUAAUACUUUAUAUAGGAAU